UUUCUCUCGAUAAAUAUCAAGCCCCAUGUCAGAGUGCUGUACUCUGUGCUCUUUACAUUAUACUUAAGAGUCGAACAAUUACAGACUUGAUUUCGAUUCUGAUCCCAGCUUACCCCGUCUAAAUAUCCAGAACGACCCUAAAUAACAACCAAGAUGCACCCCACCUCAACCCCCUCCAACCUUUCCCUUCCCCCCAUGAAAGACCUGACAACCGAAAACAUCACGGAAAAUGUACAUAUCGUGAACUCGCAAUGCCGCGAUCCUCGCCUUCGUUACCUUCUCAACCGCAUAGUCAGCCACCUACAUGACUUCUGCCUCGAAACGCGCCUCUCCACAGAAGAAUGGAACACAGGCAUCCAAUUUCUGACUGAGAUCGGUCAGAUUAGCGACGACCUCCGACACGAGAUGAUUCUUCUCUCAGAUACACUAGGUGUCUCAUCACUUGUGGACAGUAUCAACCACCCACGGCAACCGCCUGCCACAGAGGGGACGGUGCUGGGCCCGUUCCAUACGCAUGACGCAGCGGAUAUGGAUCAUGGGUCAGUGUUGCAUUCUGACCCAGACGCAACGCCGCUUUUUGUGUUGGCGUCUGUGAAAGAUACCAGAGGAAACCCGAUUUCUGAUGUUAAGGUUGACGUCUGGGAAGGGGAUUCGAAAGGGUUUUAUGAUGUGCAGAAUCCUAACAGAGAAGGACCAGAUGGACGAGGGGUGCUGAGGAGUGAUGAGAAUGGCGAGUUCUAUUUCCAGGCGAUCGUGCCGGUGCCGUAUCCGAUCCCGAUGGAUGGCCCUGUUGGGAAGAUGUUGAAGGCGCUGGGAAGGCAUCCCAAUCGCCCGGGGCAUGUGCACUUUAUGCUUGAUAAGCCGGGUUGGGAUAUUCUGAUUACUGCGCUCUACCCCCGCGGCGACCCUUACGAGACAUCCGACCCUGUAUUCGGUGUGAAGGAGUCGCUUGUUGUUGACCUGUCAACUGUUGAAGAUGAGGAGAUGGCGAAGAAGUACGGAGUUAAAAUUGGGACGAAAUUGUUGAGGCACGACUUUGUGCUUCUGACGGAGCAGGAAGCGCGCGAGCUGCGCAAGAGGAAUGCUAUUGAAGCGAUGGAGAAACAGGGAAGGAAGGUGGUUUUCCAUGAUGGUCUGCCAGUACCGGCGGAUGAGUGAUUGCGCAUUUGUUGCUAUGUAGGUAGUUCUGGAAGCUAUCAUUAGCGCGCCUGUCGAGAUAGAAAUCGCAGGUGGGCCCCAUUCUUUCUAUAAUGCAUCGUAUCGAUAA